UUCCGUCGUGCAUUCGCGGCUGCCACACUUGGCGACGUCUUCAAUGUUUGCUGCAUAUUCGUGAUACUCCCCUUGGAGCUCGCCACAGGUUUCAUCGAGAAGCUGAGCUGGUUGAUCGUGGAUCCAUUGAUCGCCGAACAAGGUAUUUCUAUAAAAACACUCGACUUGUUAACGGAUCCAGUCAACCGUAUGAUAUUGGAGGUAAACGAACCCGAAUUACGAAAUGCGACCAUAGACGACGAUUUCUUCCCACCUGAUCACUCAUUUGUUCUUCGAUGCGCAUUCAAAAAUGGUUCACGUGUUUAUAAUUGUCCUUAUGCCCAUAUAUUCGCUUAUUCUUCACUCUCGGAUUCAGCGAUUGGAUGGAUUGUUCUUUUGUCCUCCAUAGCAUCUCUGGCACUUCUGAAAGGUCCUUCUGCCAAGUAUGUUCGAGGCCUACUCAGUAAGGAAUGCCCUGGAAGAUUCAAGUGUUGUACCGGCUAUGCAGUGAUGCUUGUUGGUCUAAUAAUUACGCUAGCUAUCCAAUCCAACAAUAUUUUUGCGUCAGCACUUACGCCUUUGGUGGGUUCCGGAGUCAUAACUCUGGAGCAAACGUACCCACUAAUUCUGGGAGCGAACAUAGGUGGAUCAUUCAGUGCUGUUCUGGCAGCUCUUACCGCAGAUGGAUCCCGCUUCGAAAAGACGCUACAAAUGGCAGUCUGCCUAGUAAUGUACAACAUUAUUGGUACGUUCAUGUUCUACUUGAUUCCAUGGUCGAGAAGGUUACCUAUCUAUAUGUCCACACGGCUCGGUGAGAUAACUGAUCAGUACCGAUGGUUUAUUGUCGUCUUCAUACUACUGUUUUUUGUGGUGAUUCCUGCUGCUGUGGUUGGGCUAACGCUCCUUCCAGAUUAUGUCAUCAUCGUUUGCUUUUCAGUAAUAUUCGUCUUCGUUGUAUUGAUCGUUCUAAUCACAGCAAUGCAGAGGCAAUGCCCCAGAGUGCUACCGUCUCGUCUCCGCUCAUGGCAGUGGACUCCAAUAUAUCUUCGUUCGCUUGAACCGUAUGAUCCCGCAAUGACGGCAUUCUUUACGUCAUUUCCCAUUGUUGGUGGUUUUUUCAAACGUUCAAAAUCGAAUAACAAUGCAAAUGGCAACGGCACCUUUCAUACGAUGAUCAAGCUCAGCAAACAAACUCAGGUUUAA